CCCAGACCCAGUCGCUUAGUUGGGGCAUUUCUCUUCCCUUCGACAGCAGCCGCAAUCAACUAGCCUCCAUAGUCUCUGCAAAACAGCACAAGCUCUCGUCUCCUUUGGCACACCUUCCUUUUUUUCUUCUCUGCUCGUAAGGUUUUCAUUCUAUAACUAUACAGAUGGUUAUUCCACCCCCAGUUAGGCCACCCAGAGUUACUCAGUUCCUGAAGCCGUAUGUUCUGAAGAUGCAUUUCACAAACAAGUAUGUGAAUGCCCAAGUGACCCACUCACCAACUGCCACUGUAGCAUCUGCUGCAAGCUCACAGGAGAAGGCCCUGAGAUUAACCAUGGAAAAUACCCGAGAUGUGGCAGCUGCUGCCAAGAUUGGGAAGAUACUAGGAGAGCGCCUGCUACUCAAGGAUAUACCUGCUGUUACUGUUUUCCUGAACAGAAAUCAGAAAUACCAUGGAAAGGUGAAAGCUGUGAUUGAUUCCUUAAGAGAAGUUGGUAUCAAAAUUAUUUGAAUUGUGGGCAGGAGAGUGUUACUGGGUUUGCAUAUUUGAAGUGUAGUUCCAAGGAUUACUGGAUUUGUCGGGAUGGACUACUUGGGGAAAACAAUGGAAAAUGCACGGUGCUUUCUUUAACUGUUAAUGAACCAAGUCCCUUUGUUCAUGCUUUCAUAAAAAGUAAUUCACAGACAGAAUAAAAGCUUGAAGAUAAUUUUAUUGAUUA